AUGGGACACUCUUGCUGCGGAGGCACGUCCUCUCAACAAGAUGCGCCUCACAAAUCUGAGGUGAAAGAAUCCGAUACUUUGUCUGCGACUUGUUAUGGCGGUGCGCCAACGGAAAAGUCCAAUCAGCAGAGCUCUUGCGGGGGCCGUGCUUUCCAAAACAACAAAACAAGUAACAAUAGCACUACAGCUUCCUCUACCGAAGUUGAACAGUCCUGGUGCAACAAACCUACGACUUCUUAUAAGGGUAAGGCUCGCCCCGAAGAUUGCAAGGGAGGCUGCUGCAACGACCAGCCUACUGAGGCUAUUGGUGAAAAGGAUAUCCCUUCUUGUGGUGCUUCUGCUUGCAAGGAAGCUUGUUGUGUAGGAAAUCCUACCAGUGAAGCUGGGAAGUCAGACUACAGUGUUUUCUGCUCCAGGACCCCAUUGUUCUGCGACCCUGCUACUUCAGUUGAACCUCCUGUGGCAGAGUGCUGCGAGGGCAAGUCUUCGCCCUGCUGUAAUGAGACGUGCCUCGACCGCCUGGCUUUACGUGAAUGUGAUAUGGGGUCAAGCAUUCAUUGCAUGGAAGCAUGUGGAUACUCUUUUUCCUCGACAUCUACACCGGCGGAUGGCGCAAAGAUCAACCGUAGAGCUUGCGACCAUCACCACCGUUCGGUUAGAGAGCAGUAUGCUGCUAAGCUUUCAGCGCUCGGGUGUAUCUGCCGUGCUCUUCUUGCCCUAGGCAAAGAAUCAUGCUGCGAGCCCCAGAAGCGCGCUUCGCUGGGAAAGGGGUGGUGUUCUGAAAGACCACUGAAACAGUCUUUUUCGCUCAGCUCGGUCGAAUCUCGCCACACAAGUGGCAUGUCUCCAAGUCGAUCGCCGCGUCGAAGUACCGAGCAUGGCAGGAAGGACAAAGUUGCACGUGGUAUUGAAGGCUGUGCCAGCAGAGGUUGCUCUUCCAAAUCAUGUUGCAAACCUAAUGUUACCACAUCCAGUGUCAACUUCACUGAUCCCUGUGCCCCCGAAACUGACGAAAUAAAAGGUAAGUCUGCAAAUGGUUCCUGCGCUGAUAUUUGCUGUACCUUGAAAAAGCCUACUCUUCCAAAAGACAAAGACAAGAAGAGUGGGGCUUUUAGUAUCACCCCCGAUCUAGAGGGCCAGGCCACAGGCGUCGAGCACGUGGCUCUUUCGAUAUCUGGUAUGACCUGCACUGGCUGCGAGACGAAACUCAACAGAACCCUCGCGACAGUGACAGGCGUAAAGAACUUGAGGACAAGUCUGGUUCUCUCUCGGGCUGAAUUCGACUUGGACCUCAAUCUCUCAACUGUGGACUUUAUUAUGAAGCAUCUAGAGCGGACUACAGAAUUCAAAUGCGAGACCAUCACCAGUAAUGGGUCAACUAUGGAUAUUGUCGUUUCUGGAGAUCCAUUUUCGAUCGCCAACCAGGCUUGGCCGGAAGGCGUGAGUGACAUAUCGCUCGUCGAGGGGUGUACUGUUCGUGUUUCUUUUAACCCGGAAGUGGUUGGGGCACGAGAUCUCAUUGAAAAACACUGGGGCGAGACUGCAAAGCUUGCGUCCACCUGUGCUGACCCAGCACUCGCAGCUGGAAGCAAGCAUGUCCGCCUUUCCGGACUCAUGACUCUGUUGUCUGCAAUCCUCACUAUCCCAGUGUUAGUCAUGGCAUGGGCCCCCAUCCCCGACAGAGAAAUUGCCUAUAGCUCUGCCUCACUAGCUUUGGCUACUGUUAUUCAGGUUGUGAUAGCAGGGCCGUUUUACCCUAAAGCUUUGAAGGCUCUUCUCUUUUCGCGAGUCAUUGAGAUGGAUCUUCUUAUUGUGUUGAGUACCAGUGCGGCAUACAUCUUCUCUGUUGUGUCUUUCGGCUUUCUCAUUUCUGGUAAACCUCUUUUUACUGGCCAGUUCUUCGAGACAAGCACCCUUCUAGUUACGUUGAUCAUGUUCGGACGAUAUAUCGCCACCCUUGCCCGACAAAAAGCGGUGGAGUCAAUCUCUAUUCGAUCACUUCAAGCUCAGACUGCCCUUCUCGUGGACAAAUCAAACUCUUCAGAGGCCAAGGAAAUCGAUGUUAGGCUACUGCAAUAUGGAGACACCUUCAAAGUUCUUCCUGAUAUGAGAAUCCCAACCGACGGAACUGUCAUAUCUGGUUCAUCUGAAGUAAACGAGUCAAUGCUCACUGGAGAGUCCCGACCUGUUGAAAAGAAUCCCAAGUCGCGUGUCAUUGGGGGGACAAUGAACGGGUCGGGAAGCCUAAUUGUCAGGCUAACUCGCCUCCCGGGCGACAACGCCAUCAACACCAUCGCUGCCAUGGUCGAUGAAGCCAAGCUUUCUAAACCAAAGAUCCAAGAGCUUGCCGACAAGGUGGCUUCAUAUUUUGUUCCUGUCAUUGUUGGCUUGACUAUCAUCACAUUUGUGGUUUGGGUUGCUGUUGGCAUAGCAAUGCAAGGCAAGACCGGUUCCGAAGCAACCGUUCAGGCUGUCACCUACGCCAUCACCGUGCUUAUCGUCUCCUGCCCUUGCGCCAUUGGACUUGCCGUACCGAUGGUGGUUGUAAUCUGCAGCGGUAUCGCCGCGGAACGAGGAGUGAUAUUCAAGUCCGCGCAUGCUAUUGAAGUCGCCCACAAGGCCUCUCACGUGGUCCUUGACAAGACAGGAACCCUGACCCAAGGAAAGCUCGGCGUAGCUGUUGAGCACUACCUUGAAAACGGAGAAUCAAGUCUGUCACUUCUUUUAGGCUUGGUUGGCGACAGCAAGCACCCGGUUUCGGUUGCUGUCAAUAAUCAUCUUGCCCACAAGGAAAUUGUUGCAACAGCUGUCCCCAACGUCAAAAGCUUGACUGGCCGAGGUGUAGAAGCAAGACUAGGUAGUCAAACGCUGCAAGCUGGGAAUUCUCGCUGGCUAGAGCUUUCCGCACAUCCCUUGGUGCAGCCGGUUCUCUCGCAAGGCUAUACUGCGUUCUGCUUCGCCAUCGACGGCGCACUACUUGCGGUAUUCGGUCUCGAGGAUUCUCUCCGAGCUGAUGCAAGGCACGUGGUCAAUACUCUACAGAGACGCGGCGUGUCAGUCCAUGUGGUAUCAGGCGACGACGAAGGUGCUGUGCAGAAUGUGGCCACCAAGUUACAAAUUCCCGAUAGCCAUAUUCAUGCUCGUAGCUCUCCGUCGGACAAGCAGUUAUACAUCAAAGAUCUGCUAAGUAAUUGUUCGGACGGUAAAGUGCCAAUUGUCAUCUUUUGCGGGGAUGGCACUAAUGACGCCGUGGCGCUCGCCCAGGCAACUAUCGGCGUUCAUAUGAACGAAGGUAGUGACGUUGCCAAAUCUGCAGCCGAUGUCGUGCUUAUGCGUCCGGAUCUGUCUGGCCUUGUCACCAUGAUGGAUGCCAGCAAGGUCUCUGUGAGACGUAUCAAAUUCAACUUCGUUUGGAGCUUCGUGUACAACACAUUUGCCGUGCUCCUUGCGGCUGGGGCCUUCGUGAAUGCCAGAAUUCCGCCCCAGUUUGCGGGGCUGGGAGAGCUAAUAAGCGUGCUACCCGUGAUCAUCGCUGCUGUGCUCUUGCGGUGGUCUAAGAUUUAG